UCAUGUGGGUGAUGUUUCUAUGCGUUUAACGGUCAUAUGAUUACCAAGGCGGAGGUACUGCGGAUAUUUCUCUUACCGUUGAAAUGGAGUUAACCGUCAAAAUGGUGCCACUGUGGUACAUUAUCAGCUGUCUAAUAGGUUCCGCGUACGGAAAAAGUUCUCUUGGAAGAGUUGAGAUGUACAAUCUGUUAUUUGCGGAGAAAUAUUACGACAAGAGUAUACCGCCCAACAUAGAGAGUCGUAAGCCAACAGAGGUUCAGGUAGACCUCUAUGUGCACAGCUUUGAUGCCAUUCGGGAAUCGUCUAUGGACUUCACUGUAAAUAUGCUGCUCUUCCUUGAAUGGACAGAUACCCGAUUAAAGUGGAAGUUCAAUCUUAACUCCACGUACCUGGAACUGGACGUGGCAGCGAUUGGUAGAGCCUGGCUUCCGGACGUUUUCUUCCCCAAUGAAAAAGAGGCUUAUGUGCAUGAAAUUACCUCACCCAAUAAAAUGUUGCGUAUAUACGAAAAUGGAAAUAUAUUCUAUGCCACAAGGGUAUCACUCACGUUAGGCUGUCCAAUGAACUUAAAAAAGUAUCCCUUGGACGCCCAGUCUUGUCCUAUACAAGUUCAAAGCUUUGGCUACUCAGAGUCUAAGGUGACCCUUGUGUGGAGUAACACAACAGGGAGUAAUUCACUUUAUAACGACAAGAUGAAACUUCCCCAGUUUGAAGUAAAGCGAGGGGUAAGGGACUACUGCAACAAAAAAUUUCAUCCCAGAUCAGAUGACCACACUUGUCUGGAAGCGCGCUUUAUCCUGGAGCGGAAUCUCGGCUAUUACCUGGUGCAGAUUUACGUCCCCAGCGUUCUGAUCGUCAUGCUGUCCUGGGUGUCAUUCUGGCUUAAUGUGGACUCUGUACCAGCCCGAAUUUCCCUGGGUGUACUCACCGUGCUCACUAUGACCACACAGACUUCGGCCGCAGGAGCCACGUUGCCUAGAGUCUCCUACACAAAAGCUAUAGACAUCUGGAUGUCCACAUGCUUGAUAUUCGUCUUCUCUGCGCUGAUAGAGUUUGCCGUGGCCAAUGUUCUGGCGCGUGCUUACCAUAGACCCAGUCCGUUCAGCCCAGAGGCUCCGUCAAACGAGACUGCUGGGUACAGUCGAGGAUUCACGAGAGAUCAGCGACACGAGAUGAGGCCAAUCGUGAACCAAGAUGGCAUGACGAAGCUCAGUUUCACCCACAAGUGGUUCCAAGGUUUUGGUGUGAACGGACAGAGAUACGCCCGCAAUCUGGACCUCUUAUCGCGGAUUUUCUUCCCAUUGGUCUUCGGGGUAUUCAACCUAUUGUACUGGGUGUCCUAUAUCCAUGUUAUAACCUAGUCCACUAUAAGCACCAAGGCAUAAGUAUACGCAAGAGGAAUCAGUUUUCCAAAGCGACAAACUGGCAAAGAACGCACGUUUUUCAGGUCAGUGAUUCGCCUGUAAGCAAUGCGCCAAAAUCAACAAGAUUAACCACACACAACGCUAACAUGUACUGCUGCUUAUUGGUGUUACGAUAUGUAAGGCAGGGGUAAAACAUUCGAAGAAUACCUUACCGAAAAAGAAGGCGUGAUUUUGUUAAAUCCCCUUGUCCUCAACACACGUCCCGAAAGCAUCUUAAACGAAACUGCCAAUUGAUCCCUGUGGAAACGAAACAUCGAUUGUAUCAUUGGUUAUAUAUACCUUUCACGAGCAAAUCUGUGUAUGCCAUACCUUUCCGACUAACUUCUGAUAAGGUUGUGAGACACGGAUAUAUGUGACGUUAAACGGAUAUGUUUGGCAUUACACGGAAAAAAAUGUGUGACGUCACACAAAUAUGUGUGGCAUUACACAGAAAUGUGUGGCGUUACACGAAUAUGUGUGGCAUUACAUGGAAAUGUGUGGUGUUACACGAAUAUGUGUGGCAUUACACCAGCGUGGGAUAAAUCGCUGUGUGUCGUCCUACAUAAACUGUAAUACAAUGCGGAGAAACAGUAAAACUAUGGGCACACUGUGAAACAAAAGCCGCGGACCCCUUCAUGUCAGAUUUGCAAUGUUAAGCCAGAGAUGCUUGAACGUUAACAAUAAAUACAUUGACACCGUUCCAACAAAUGCUUUCUGCAAGUGGUGUUUAUCAAAAGCACAUAAAUAUUUCCAAUGGAUAUGUGGGUUUAUAAGAGUGAAAGGUUAUGCUAGAAUUCACCGGAUUGCAAAACGUACCCUACUUUAUCAUGUUGAUGUUGAAAUCCUCUAAAUGUCAGCGAAAGAAAUGCAUAACGAAAACAGGAGUAUUAGGACUAGCCCGGCUGGGAAUCGCAGUAAGGUGCAUAUAAUACUGCGGUGCAUUCAUCCUAUAUUACAUUGCUGGUUUGUGGGUACAGUUAUUUGACGUUAUAAAGGAGACAAAGGCGAAAACUGCCCAGCACAUCAAAACUGUGAGUGGAAUAAGAAAGAAUCAGACUCUUCAUGUUGAGUUGUUAUUCUAGCGAGACGGUUGCAUUGGAUGGAUGAGGACGCUUCAUCUGGAGGACCAAGAAAUCACCGAUGUGUUUGAACUGUGUGUGACAUGAUGUGUAUGGGGAAUCCCCCAAUCUUCUUCAGCUAUACAGGUAAUGGAUAGGUAUGUAUGUCAUAUAGCAGCUUAAAGACAUUGCUUUGAACACGGAUGUGAUCAAGAAACGAACGUAUUGCCCAAACAGUAGUAUUGUUUCACCACUUUCCAAACGCCAGGAUGAUGUUUCGGUUACACAUGCUUCGCACAGUCUGUGGAACUUGUGGAAAGAGUUCCCAGAGUGACAGCUAUAUUCUAACUCCAUGUUUUACGGAGGAUUGUUAUGUUUAUGUUACGCAUGUAGAGAAACUCCGUGGUUUGGUGGUUCCUGGAAGGAUAGCGCAUGUUCUGCGGCCGAUGAACACACGGUGAUUGCUGACGGCUAUGACUGACACUGUCAAUCAUCCAUUCGGGUGGUGACCACGAUUUGCUAAGAAAUGUCUCCGGCAAAUGUCAGCGGUGCAAUACAUAUAUUAACAGGGUUUUAUGUUCACUUACUUGAAAAGACCCAACUAUGACCUUAAUGAAAAUGUAUUAAAUUUUGUAUGAGUGUUAAUAUUGUACACGUAAAGUAAAGUAUAAAUGUCUGUUUACUUUGUGCUUAUCGACGGACUUCCCUCCUUAUCAAAGUAACUACCUGUUAGACGUAAGUGAUGAACGAAGAGUUCGUAUAAAUCUGCUCGUUUAAGGCUGUGCGUUAGAAUCCCCUACAGCAAAUUUAUCUCAAAUGUUCCCCCAUGCCCCCUCCAAAACGAAACCGAUUAUGUUUCAUUAAAGCAAAGUUUUUCUAUAUGCAGAUCACUUACUUAUGCAUACCAUUGUACUAUUGAAAGGAGAUGUUGUACUUCUGUAGUGGCUGUAUUUUGUGUCGCCAUGUUGAGUUUACCAAGUGCCUUUAGGUGGCUCUGGUCCCAGGAGAUAACGUGUACUCCUUGCGUAAAACAGUUCCUGUAUUUUCCUGAUAUAUACAAGACAUAUAAAUGAACGAUUUGUCGUAAAUGAUGUAUAUAUAUAUUAAAUGUAUGACGUAUGGAUACUGACCAAAUGGAUCAAUACCCAGACGUUUUAACCGUCAUAGUAAAUGUUAUAUCACGUUAUCCAGUAAUACAGCGGAGACCUUGUUGCUUUUCCGGAUUAAAUGCGAGAGCGUGUGAUUGACCAGUUUUCCAUAACGUACGUGUGCUCCCUAAAUUAUGUAAGUUCUUAAUUAAAGCUCUGCAACCAUUAUAUCCUCGCCUGCAUUCAAUUGAAUUCUAUAUUUCAUCUCAAACCUGACAGGGAACAGAAUUGUGACUCUCAUAGCUGCAUCCUGCUGACUAAGAGACUCAACCCCACAUGGAACACACCUGUACUUUUCUGUACUCGUUGACUCCCUUCGUAGUCUGCCUUUUUUAGCCAUCCAAGUGUAAUCACACAGAGAACAGACUCGUACUUUCCUGUAUUCUAAUUCCCAUAUUGGUCUGCCUCAUUCAUUCGUCUGUAAGUGAAUCCAACCUCACAAGUUAACAACUAUAUGCUGCAGAUUUAAAAAAACACAACAACAACAGGAAAAUGUUAUGCAAGGUUGAUUAGAAACCAAAUUUGGCAAAACUGUUUUUCUAAGCACAAACGGUUGAACAAUCCCUUUUACUAGUGAAAUCAUGUUAAAUCGUACACAGGCAUUCAAAGUUCUAAGAUAAGUGACCCUGAAGUAAAGCCGAAGUGUAGUUGUAUAAAAAUGUUACAUUUUCAAAUAUGUUGACAAAAUGACAAAGUUUAUCAAAUGGAGAAAUACGUGCAUAAAUGUGUGACGUGUGUCAGAUGUAAUAUGGAAAUUUUAAGACCGAUCUAUCUUGUCGCCAAAGGUAAAGGUAAAGACAAUAAGCUGUAUAAUGUGACUUGUCAGGAAUGUUUUGAUCAACAUUAUUUCACUGACCACCUGUCUCGUCGUGUUUUGGAGGCACAAAUGGCACCCCUUUCCACCAGGAACUUAUUAUGUUCACAAACACUAUAGUAUGUGCAAUUAGAAAUAGUUGCCUGAUGCUUCUGACAGUUUGCAUGCUACAGUAGAGCAAUAUUGCCUUUAAUGAUUAAAAAGCUCGAAUUUGAAACUCCCUUAUUAUUGACAGUUUGGGGUUUGUUCAUAUACAACUUUCUUUGGAAGGUUACGGUGUUAUUUCUGAAUGUUUCCUCUACUUGAAACGCUGACAAGUGUCAUCUGACUGAAUGAUAUUGUGUUUAAUACGGCACAAUAAAUCAAUCAAAUAAAUGUGUUAUUUAUAAAAUAAAUAUAUGCAAAACAUCCAUGCGACAUAGGAGAAUGGUAAAAGUGUUGCUAGACGAUAUAAAGGUUAUCGCGGGUCCGUGGGAUUAGACACAUGUUUGUGCUACGUGGUUUGCCACUCCCAUCUGCAUGGAGUAGGGUACUACCUGGUCCAGAUAAAAAUUCACCAUCCACUCUAUAAAAACAAACCUGUUAAACUGAGACAUGGCUAUGAGUUUUUUUGGAGUAAUGACGAAAUAGUUUAUGUUUGUGUUGCAAACAAUUACGCUACGUAUUCCAUCUGGUUCUGUUAUUUCAACAGAACAUAUUAUUGUCUUGUCCAUAAUAUAACAUAAUGUUACAUUAACAUAUAAUGUACUCUACAAUCACUAAAAAACACAAUAUUAUGUUAGAUUCAACAGAUUAGCUUUAGAGUGUAGUAGUGGGAAUAUUACACUUUUUAAAAUAACAACAUAUGACCUAUUUGAACAGCUUACAUUGUUAGACCAUGUUACACUAAUAUGUAUACAGUCUAUCGCUGUUAUAUUUGUCAUUUAUCUUACUAUAUAGUAAGAAUAAAGUUGUGAAGAUGUAUGGUAUAAUAUAUGGUAUGAAAGCGUGAACAACAGACCAAGCUGUAUGGUUAGUAGCUACAGAUAUAGCUAUUGUCCUUUGUACCAGUGUUAAAACCCAGUGACG